AUGCUACGCAGAUCCGAUCCGGAUAGUCCUACAUACGGACACCACUAUACCAAAGAUCAAAUUAGGGACCUCUUCUCUCCCACAGAUGAGUCCAUUCUCAGAGUCCGGCAGUGGUUAGUAGCCUCUGGGAUUCCCGAGGGUAAAAUUACUGUUUCUCAGACGAAGAGCUGGGUGAACUUUGAAGCAUCGAUUGGCCGUCUGGAACAGCUUCUAAACGCCAAGUAUCACGUAUACGACAACCUAGUGACCCGCACCGAACAUUUUGGCACGGACGAGUACUAUCUUCCGGAAGAUCUUGCUGUCCAUAUCGACUUCGUUCUCCCAGGCACAGCAUUCAGUCGCUUUCACCAAGGGGGUGUAGACUUAAAGAAACGCAAGCUCGGACUUACCGGGACUAAGUCUAGACCUCUCCGUCCUCCGCUGUGCUGGGAACUACCUAAAGCUGAUUUCUUAGGGUCCCUGGCGGAUUGCUAUAACCAGAUAACCCCGGCGUGUAUUAAAGCAAUGUAUAACAUUCCCCAGGCUCGACUAGCCCAUCCAAGCAAUAAGUUAGGCAUCUACGAGCUAAACGGCGAUGCUUAUGUACAGUCCGAUCUGGAUAUGUUUACAAAGUUAUACGCGCCAUACGUGCCUCCUGGCACCGCGCCUCUCGUGCAUAAUAUCGACGGCUCUAACGGGACUUCCGAGGACCCAGAUAUGGUACGUCAGAAAGCUGGUUCAGAAAGCAUGCUCGACUUCGAAAUGGUCGUGCCCAUUAUCUACCCUCAAGGAACCGUACUAUAUUCAGUACCUUAUCCGGAUCCCAAGCCAGGGAUUUUCAACCUAUUUCUGGAUGCAUUAGACGGGAGCUAUUGUGACCGGACAUCUCACGGAUAUACGGGUGAUACCCCGAAAAUAGACGGCGUAUACCCCAUGCGCGACUGUGGGACUCUUGCGGCAACAAAUGUCAUCUCUAUUUCUUACGGAUUUCCAGAAUUCAUGUACCCAGCCAGGUAUGAGUAUCUCGAGAGGCAAUGUGACGAGUGGAUGAAGCUCGCUCUCGCUGGUAUUACUGUUGUAGUUGCGAGUGGUGAUAACGGAGUCGCUGGCAACACUAACGCUUGUCUUGGCAAACUGAAAAAUAUCUUCGUGCCCGACGCAGUCAGUAGCUGUCCGUACGUCACAUCAGUAGGAUCUACGGUACUCCCACCACAUAAGAGACCCGGCGACCAGGAAACAGCUACGACAUCCUUCUCGUCUGGCGGGGGUUUCAGUAAUAUCUUCAAAACCCCUUCUUACCAAAAGCGAGCAGUUGCGGAUCACCUCUUCUAUUUUAACCCUGGCUAUCCUUCCUACAAUACUAGCCGCGGACAGAUCCCAAAGAACGGCGGCAUUUAUAAUGCCCAGGGCCGUGGCUUCCCAGAUCUUUCAGCUAACGGGGAUAACUCGGCUGUCAUUACUAAUGGGAUAGCGUGGCUUGGAGGAGGAACGAGCCAGGCUGCGCCUAUUAUAGCUGCCAUGUUCAAUCUCGUCAAUGAAGAGCGACUUGCCGCCAAUAAGAGCACGAUUGGCUUCGUUAACCCGAUGCUAUAUAAGCAUCCUGAAAUCUUUAACGACAUCAGAGUUGGAAAACAGGAUAAAGGAGGCCUGUAUGACAAUGGCUGUGGCAAUGACGGAUUCCAAUGUGGCCAAGGCUGGGAUCCUGUUACAGGUCUGGGCACACCCGAUUAG